CUUACAUAUAAGCGCAGUCCAGCAGGCCGUUGUCUCAGGCUAGUCGUCCGCUUAGCUCCUGCGCUUUUGUGUGUGGGUUAUCUGGUCCGCCAGACACGAUGGGUGAACACAAAGCCGUAAUCAAGAAUGCCGACAUGUCUGAGGAAAUGCAGCAAGAUGCAGUGGAAUGCGCUACUCAGGCGUUAGAGAAAUUCAACAUCGAAAAGGAUAUCGCAGCUUAUAUCAAGAAGGAGUUCGACAAGAAAUACAAUCCAACAUGGCAUUGUGUAGUUGGCCGGAAUUUCGGAAGCUACGUAACGCACGAGACGAAGCACUUCAUCUAUUUCUACAUUGGACAAGUAGCCAUUCUUCUUUUCAAAUCUGGAUAAAUAAAUCCUUCGAUUCGUU